AUGAGCUCUCUCGACAAGCUGCUUGAUGAGCUCAUGGCGAAGGAUCUCGAGAACGCUACGCUACUUGAGCAGGCCACUCGUACGCUGGCCGUCGGGGCUCUCGAGCCUGAGGAUACGGUGCCGUCGAUCAAGGACGUCAUAUCGCUUGACGCUCUCUUUAAGGAUUCGGCCGGAGAGGUCAAGCUGGAUUUCGGCGACGACCUUGAUGUCUCUGGGCCCGCUUUCACGCAAGAGGACCGCGAUGGUUUAGCGAAGUUCAAGCUUGAGCAGUCGAAGCAGGCCCAGUUCCAGACGCACCAGGCCGAGUACCAGAAGAGGGCGCUGCGGGUAGGCGGCUGCCGCCUGUUCUCGUCGGGCUCAGCCUACGACCUGUGCGUCGUCGGCGGCGGCCCAGGCGGCUACGUCGCCUCCAUCAAAGCAGCGCAGCUCGGGCUGAAGACCAUCUGCGUCGAGCGCAGGGGCAAGCUCGGCGGCACAUGCCUGAACGUGGGCUGCAUCCCCUCCAAGAGCCUCCUGCACAACUCGCAUCUCUUCCACAUGGCCAACACGACCUGA